AAAAAGCUCAAUUCAGGUCCUAUUUGAUAGCCAAAUUAAUUCCGUCUAAUUUUGCUAAAGAAGUUCAAGUCAACGGCGGAACUGGGAUUCCCACUCAGUUGAAGAGGUUCUCAUGGCUUCAGCCAGUGCUUCUGCCGUAGCCGGAGAUCUCAUACACGUGUUCUGGCACGAAGGUAUGCUGAACCACGACGCCGGUAGAGGCGUGUUUGACUCCGGGAUUGACCCCGGGUUUCUAGAUGUGCUGGAGAAUCACCCAGAGAAUGGUGACAGGGUGAGGAAUAUGGUCUCCAUCCUCAAAAGAGGCCCAAUUUCUCCCUUCCUUUCUUGGCACCGUGGAAGACCUGCUCUCAUCUCCGAGUUGCUCUCUUUCCACACCCAAGAGUAUGUAAACGAACUGAUUGAAGCAGAUAAAAGUGGUGGGAAAGAACUCUGUUCAGGAACAUUCUUGAAACAAGGGUCAUGGGAGUGUGCCCUACUUGCAGCGGGUACAACAUUGUCUGCAAUGAAGCACAUACUUGACGGGCAUGCUUACAUGGCCUACUCGUUGGUCAGGCCGCCUGGCCAUCACGCCCAACCGUCUCAAGCAGACGGCUAUUGUUUCCUCAACAAUGCCGGCCUUGCUAUUAAACUAGCUCUGGAUGCUGGUCAUGCAAAGGUUGCGGUUAUUGACAUUGAUGUCCACUAUGGAAACGGGACUGCAGAAGGUUUUUUUUGUUCAGAAAAAGUUCUCACUGUGUCUCUUCAUAUGAACCAUGGAUCUUGGGGUCCUUCCCAUCCGCAGAGGGGAACAGUAGAUGAGCUUGGAGAGGGAAAAGGGUUUGGGUAUAACUUGAAUAUUCCUUUGCCCAAUGGAACGGGAGAUAGGGGUUAUGCUUGUGCAAUGACACAUUUAGUCAUCCCCGCUAUUGAGAAGUUCGAGCCUGAUUUGGUAGUUUUUGUUAUUGGCCUGGACUCUAGUGCUUUUGAUCCAAAUGGAAGGCAGUGCUUGACAAUGGACGGUUACAGGGAGAUAGGACGGGCAGUCCGAUUCCUUGCUGACAAAUAUUGCAAGGGCAGGCUCUUAAUUGUCCAAGAGGGAGGGUAUCACAUCACUUACUCAGCUUAUUGCCUCCACGCGACUCUCGAAGGUGUGCUCAAUGUUUCAGAACAUGUUCUAUUGUCUGAUCCGAUUGCUCAUUAUCCCGAAGAUGAAUCGUUUUCCACUAAAGCUAUUGAGGAUAUCAGAAAGUACCUGAGAGAUGUUGCCCCAUUCUUCAAGUACUCGUAGUUAUGAGGCGCAUAGGAAAGUCGAUCUCUUUCCUGAAAUAUGUAAGUUUUUGUAAUAGUGGUGCAUCUUGUAUAUGUGUGCGCACGUGCUUGGGUGUGUGUAUACAUUUCAUGUUUGGGAGUAUCACUAAAUAAAAGCUUAUAAAUUUUUCUAUCGGC